AUGGACUCACCUGGGUCUGAGGGUGUCCCGCAAUUCUCCAGCUUCCGACCUCCCCCUACCUCUCCUCCGGCCGCCGCGACCGGCUCGGAACAUGACCGUCGCCGGCGUCGCUCGGGCCAUCGUCAGCGCGCAGACUCGAAAGGGUCCCCGCGCUCUCGUCGCCAUGAAAGACGUUCGGAUGCUGACCGUAAAAGGGUGAAGGUUGAAGAAAGUAAGAAGCGCCCGAGUGGGGAAGGAAUUGACGAUGUAAACGUUGCAAACGAUGAGGCAAACAAACGAUUUGUCGUCGACAGCCUCGGCGAUCGCGACAAUACACGUUACGGCCUUGAUCGCUACGGCAUCCCUGCGUAUCAUCGCAACGGCAAUGGUUUCGUACUCGGGCUUCCCGGCCGGCGCAUUGAUUACAAAACGCGAUAUGAUCAAGGUCCCCUUCUCAUUCUUCGCCCCGACUCAGGCUCAUCUGCUGCAGCCAAGCCUCUCUCCGCUGAAACCCUAUCUGCUUUGUCCAUAAACCUUCCCCUUCGCCUCCAGUCUGAGAUUAAUGCCAAAAUUCCCGCCGAGACUCAUUCCACCAAGACCCAACAUGCACAAAAUUUCAUACCAACAACAAUCCCACCGUCGCAACCCGGGCUUGCGCCAAGCGUCAACUUAGAUGAUGAUCCACUGUCAUAUCGCUCCAUCCAUAUCCCGGCCAAGUCCGAAAACGAAGCCGUUGAAGAUUUCGAUGCGACCACCAUCACUCGACUUGCUGUCGAAGCUGAAAUUCUGAAACGCAAUGCCCAGUUAAACCGUGCAGUGGUCCAACGACCCAAUGAUAUUCAAGCAUGGAUCCGUCUUGCUGAGCACCAAGAACUUGCUGUCACUGGCGACCACGCCUCCUAUUACGGUGAUGUACACCUUGUGGCGAGAGCCAAGCUGUAUGUGUAUGAAAAAGCCAUCAAGCUUAACGCACAAAAUCCCGAACGCGACCACCUCGUGCUGGCCCGUAUGGAAGAGGGUGCGAAAGUCUGGGACGCCACAAAACUUGCAUUGGAAUGGGAAGAAGUCCUCUGCCAUAACUCUGAGUUCAUCACUGUAUGGAUUGAGUAUCUUGACUACUGUCAGACUAAUAGUCAGGAUUUCAGCUUUGACAAUUGCUUUAAGAUUUAUGCCUACUGCUUGAAGAUCCAUUCACGUGUCGGAUUUGGACCGCAGAAAACACUCGUCAGGACAUACUUGCUACUCCGGUUGACUCUAUUUCUUCGAGAAUCAGGCUACGUGGAGCUAGCUGUUGGUCUGUGGCAAGCGGUGCUCGAAUUUACAUGCUUCCGGCCAGCCCAUCUAUUUGGGAAGAAAGAAGAGGCCCUAGUGGAAUUCACAAAGUUCUGGGCGCCUGGGCACGCCCGGAUUGGAGAGCCUCUUUGGAAACCCUGGAACAGUGGACAACUCUCCCGUGCACCUGCCAACAAGCAUGUUUACACUUCCGAGGCGAAUAUCCGAGACUUGUUCGGAACCUGGGCACCUGCAGAGAGAGAGCGGAUGUUCAAAAAUCGCAUGCCGUCACAUACCUUCGAUGGAUCAAAGGAGAAUGAUGGUUUCCGAGUGGUCCUUCUUGAAGAUUACACGCAGAUACUGCCAUACUUCUGGGACCUGGACGAGCGCCUUGGUUGCCUAGUUGAUGCCUUUUUGUAUUUCUGCCAUUUGCCUCAUUUGACAUUGCCCGAGAAUAUGCACACUAGCCGACUGUGGACUGGUGAUAAUUUCCUGCGAAACGAAUACAUGGACGAUCCUCAAAACACAAUCGCGGACUGGAUCAGUUUUCAGAAACAUGCUGCAACCACCACCCUUGAACCGUUUGCGUUCCCUCAUCAUACCUUCGUUCACACCACCGAUACUCUCUUUGCCGACCCAAAGAUGUGGUUCUCAGCUCUGACGAAGUGGGCUGCAACCACCUCUCAUUCUUCCUGUGUCAUCGAUUCCGACUUUGUACUGUUGACUCUCCAUGCCCUUGUCAACCUCUUCAGAGACAGCCGAUUGGCUGAAUACGCCAUUGCAGUGACCUUCGCAUGCAACAACGAUCUGGGCAAGAAGUACGGAAAACGACUCUUGAAGGAGCGAUCAUCGAAUCUGAGACUUUACAAUGCCGUUGCGCUCAUGUAUUGGCGAACUGGAGAUCAUGAUACUGCUCACAAUGUGUGGUCAACUGCUUUGUCUAUGAGCCAGAAUUUCGACGCUCGGGAGCUCACUGACUCUGCACUCCUAUGGAACUCGUGGAUUUGGGAAAUGCUUCACACCAAGAAAAAAGAACAAGCAUCAUACCUGUUGCAGGCUAUGCCUUACAAUAGAGUCCACUUGCCGUCAUAUCACAAAGCUGAUAAGAUUGAAAUUAAUCAACCCAAUUUUCUCAGGGGCUUGUUUGCGGCUCAAAAGAAUGCUUUGAGGUUCAAGAAAAUGCAAGCAUACGCAGCUUACGCCGACUGCUACGCGAUCGCCCUCUAUCUUAUGGGCGACCCGCUUGAUGAAGUCCUCGAUGUCUACAAUGAUGCAGUCACCUCCCUCGGAGUCAUGCCCAGGACUGACGAUGAUUUUAAGGUACUCGGCGGAGAAUUGCUACACCAGGCCCGAGCCCGGAUCCUGUACCAGUAUGUGGAGAAGCAGAGUGGCCAGUUCAAACCUGCCGAUGUUCGUACCGUGCUGCUAGAUAGCCUGGAAUGGUGGCCCCACAACACCAUGUUCUUGUCGCUAUUCAAAUGGAACGAGGCUCGCCUACACCUCACCGACCGCACCCGCGACAUCUUCGACGUCACCAUCGGGGCCACGGCCAGGGCCGAGCGGGAUCUGCAAGGGCCUGCACCAAUCCACCGUGUGCCCAUCACGACUCACCUUUUCAGCAUCUACGUUGAGAUGGGCCGCCCCAUCAUGCUCGGCUCGACCCCGCAUUCAAUUCGGGCGGCCUUCGAGCGAGCGAUCGGUGAUGACGGAGUCAUCCCGAUCGGGCGGACUCCCACACGAAAGAGUCCCUUCGAGCUGGCAAGCUCGACCUCCGCGCAGAGCAACCUCACAAUCUGGAGGUUGUACAUCCUCUACGAACUGUACGCACAGUACGACGUCGGCCGCGCCCGCCAGAUCUACUUCCGGGCCCUGCGCUCCUGCCCCUGGUCGAAGGAGCUAUACCUGCUCGCCUUCGAGCACUUGCGGGCGGACUUGACCAACCGCCUGCCCCAGUCCCGUCCCACCCGGGCCGGGGAGGUCAGCCCUUCGGGGUUCGACCCUGCGGAGCUUCGAGCUCUGUACACUGAGAUGCUGCGCCGUGGACUUCGUGUCCACUACCAUAUAGAGGGCCACUGGGCCCAGUAG